GAUCAUACCGCUCGCCAGCAAUUACAAACAUUUUGUACAGUAAAUAUUUUAUAAUAAUUAAAAUAAUGAGUGAUAAUAAUAAUUUACGUCGUUCAAAUCGCCCGCGUCGAUCUGUUAAUUACUUGAGUGAAUACGUUGACAUUUCACCUGUCAAAAGCAGCACAAAACGCAAAAAUAAACAAGAUGAUUCUUCAGAUCUAGCACACAGAGAUGAAAAGAAUGUAUUGAAAGAAGAAUUAGAAAAAGAACUUGAAGGAGUUGAUGAAGAAGUACAAAAAGCUUCAGUUUUGUUUGAUGAUGAAGACAUCAGUGGAAAUAAAAUCUACGGAUUUCAAACGCCGGUUAAAAAAAAUGCAAUGACACAGAAAGCGCUGCAAUCACGGACUCCCAGAACACCAUCGUCAGGGAAAAAUCUCAUGUCCGUCAGAGUGCUGGCUGAAAAAAUAGACCAGCUGAGUCCGACUCGCAAGAGCAAAUCCAGUGCAAGGGUUCGGUUCUUCAGUGAGAGCGAGUCUGUGUCUGAAGACAGCGAGUAUGUUCCCAGUGAUGAUAGCGCUGAUGAUGAUGAUAUCGAAUCUGAGGAAGAUCAUGAUGAGUCAGAUGCGGAAAAUGAUGCCGGGAAUGUCACUCCUAAAAAAAAUAAAGCUGCUGCCAAAAAGAUUCAAACCCCCAUCACUCCUUGCAGGCGCGGAAGGCCCAAAAAUAAUAUCGUCUAUCGUGAUUACCAUCUGAAAACUGAUGAAUACUUUGUCAGUCAAACGGAGAAGGCGCUCACGUCCGAUCACACUCUGGGCAAACUCAAAAACCCAAAGAUGGAGGAGGAAAAGCUUCAGGAAUUAUUGAAGAAUAAAAAUUAUAUUUCCAAACAACAUUUGGAAGGCAUCCAAAGUCUUAUGGACAACUAUAGAAAUUUAUUUCCCAUGUGGUAUCAAGUACUCGAAGAAGGUUACAGUCUAUUACUACACGGAUUGGGUUCUAAGCGAAAUCUAAUAAAUGAUUUUCACAAGGAAAUAAUAUCCGAGCACCCGACGUUAGUAAUAAACGGUUUCUUUCCCAGUCUAACAAUAAAAGACAUCCUCGAAGGAAUAAUAACCGAGCUGUUAGAAUUAGAAUCCCCCUCAAACAUAAAUGAUUGUUUCGCGAUAAUCGAUAGCACGAUGAAGAAAAACCCCGAUGACAGAUUGUAUUUACUGGUCCACAACAUCGACGGCGUGAUGCUGCGGUCAAACAAAGCCCAGGACAUGCUUUCACGUCUCGCGGGUAUCGCUAAUGUAAGAAUGGUAGCCUCCGUCGACCACAUAAACGCUCCACUCCUUUGGGACAACGUCAAGCGGGCGAAGUACAAUUUCUACUGGUGGGACACGACGACUCUGCUGCCCUACGAAGCCGAGACCUCGUACGAGAGUUCGCUCCUGGUCCAGCGCAGCGGCGCCCUCGCUUUGUCUUCUCUCAGGAACGUCUUUGCGUCGCUGACGUCAAACGCAAAAGCGAUUUACAUUAUCUUGGUAAAACAUCAGAUUGAAAAUGCCAAGAGUAAUUUUUACCCGGGGAUGGCUUUCAAGGAUUUGUACCGCAGUGCCAGGGAAAGGUUCCUCGUAAGCUCGGACAUUGCACUACGUGCCCAGUUGACUGAGUUCCUGGACCACAAGCUCGUUAAAACUAAACGAAAUGUCGACGGCGCUGAGUACUUGGACAUUCCUCUAGAUAAUGCGCUGCUCCAGAAGUUUGUUGAGGAUCAAGAUGCCUCUUAAUUUUUAAAUAUUUUUUUUUUUAAUAAAAAAAUUAUUUUUUCAUUUAAUACUCAUGUAAAAUAAAGUAAUUUCUUAGUUUUUGUUAUUUUUAUAAUUAAUUAAAUAAAUGAUACUGAAGUUA